AUGAACCCGGAGGCGAAGACCUUCUCCGCCGGCGACAUGGCAGCACCAACCGCGCAACUCACCAUCAACCUCGCCAGCGUGGGUGAGCAAGUCGUCACUGCCGUCAAGGACUCUAUGGACAAGAUCGGAAAUUACGUCGUCUCAGCCAGCAAGCCACCAGACCCGGAUCGUCUCAGUGAUUCAGUCCUUAGGGAGCAGAUACUGGUCAACAGCACCAUCUUGUGGCGCAUCCUGAUGAUCGAGGACCGCCAGCGGCGCUACGACUCCAGAGAGACUCUCAAGCUUCAUCUCAUCGUUAUCGGUACCGGCACCACCGUCUCCGCUCGUGUCCUCUACGAGUUGGGGAAUUCUGUUUACCUCCUGCUCGCCGGACCUGAUGCACCAACACAUCGUCAAGCAUACGAGAGGCUCUUGCCGAUGACUUGCGACCUUCUCAACAAGAAGUGGAGUGGCAAUGUCUUCCGCCAAGAUGGCGUACGUAAGUUUGAGGCAGCGACUGGGGGUACCUACAACUCAGUGAACAAACAGUAA